AUGGAAAGUGGGGAACAAUUUGUGAUGAUUCCUGGGACACAAAUGAUGCAGAAGUCGUAUGUAGUGAGCUUGGAUGUGGACGAGCCAUUUCAGCACCAAGAGAGGCUCAUUUUGGUGAAGGCUCAGGUACAAUUCUCCUGGACGAAGUGCAGUGCACAGGGAAUGAAGCCUACCUCUGGCAGUGCCCUCACAAUGGGUGGUCCGUACAUAACUGCUUUCAUCAUGAAGAUGCUGGUGUCAUCUGUGCAGUUGAGCGAAGACACCAAAAAGCUAAGUACAGACAACCAAAAAGCCCAAGGUGGAAUCCAUCAAAACUUUGCAGAAUUGUCACUUCGACUAGUAGAUGGAAUGAACAGAUGUGAAGGUCGUGCGGAAGUAUACUAUGAAGGAAACUGGGGAACAAUUUGUGGUGAUUCGUGGGACAUGAAUGAUGCCCAGGUUGUCUGCAGCCAGCUUGCAUGUGGAUGGGCAGUUUCAGCACCAGGAGUUGCCCAUUUUAAUCAAGGCUCAGGAAAGAUCCUUCUCGAUGUUCAGUGCAAAGGAAAUGAAACCUAUGUCUGGGAAUGUCCCAACAGAGGAUGGUCUGUAAACAACUGUGGUCAUCAGGAAGAUGCCAGUGUCAUCUGCUCAGAAGUGUCAUUGAGACUGAUAAAUGGCAGACAUAGAUGCGAAGGUCGAGUUGAGGUAUUUUACCAAGGAACCUGGGGAACAGUCUGUGAUGAUUCUUGGGACAUAAAUGAUGCACAGGUUGUGUGCAGGCAGCUUGGAUGCGGAGAGGCUGUCUCAGCCAUGGGAAAUGCCCAUUUUUCUCAAGGUUCAGGAAUUAUUCUUUUGGAUGAUGUACAGUGCCAAGGGAAUGAAUCCUGCCUAUGGUGUUGCUCCCACAGAGGAUGGGCUGUGAAUAACUGUGGUCACAAAGAAGAUGCAGGUGUCCUCUGCUUAGGUUUCAUAGAAAUAUCACUGAGAUUAGAAAAUGGGAGUAAUGCAUGUGAAGGUCGUAUUGAAAUAUAUUACAAAGGACACUGGGGAACAGUCUGUGAUGAUUCCUGGGACCUGAAUGAAGCACAGGUUGUGUGCAAUCAGCUUGGAUGUGGCCAGGCCAUUUCAGCACCAGGAAAUGCCUACUUUGGCAAAGGUUCAGGAAGUAUUUUCCUGGAUGAUCUGCAGUGCGAUGGAGAGGAAUCCUACCUAUGGGAGUGCCCUCACAGGGGCUGGUCCUUCCAUAAUUGUGGCCACCAGGAAGAUGCUGGCAUUGUCCUGACAGAACUGAUGCACCUGCUCUUGAAAGAACAGAACUACCAGCAUCUAUGUACUAUGAUGAGAAUUGUUUCUGUGUUUUCCACUUUAACAGAUCCUGGAAGAACAACACCUGUAGCAGCAAACAUAUCACUGAGGCUGAAGAAUGGAAGCAGUAGGUGUGAAGGCCGCGUUGAAAUUUAUUAUGAAGGGCACUGGGGCACGGUCUGCGAUGAUUCCUGGGACAUGAAUGAUGCGCAGGUUGUAUGCAGCCAGCUUGGAUGUGGUCAGGCCAUUGCAGCCCCAGGACAUGCCAGCUAUGGCCAUGGCUCUGGACAUAUCCUCCUGGAUGAUGUGAAGUGCAGUGGGAAUGAAUCUGUUUUGUGGCAGUGCUCUCACAAUGGGUGGGGCGCCCAUAACUGUGGUCCUCAGGAAGAUGCCAGUGUCAUCUGCUCAGGUGCUUCUACUCACGUUCCUAUACCUCUGAGGCUGGAGAAUGGAAGCAGUAGGUGUGAAGGCCGCUUUGAAAUAUAUUAUGAAGGGCAGUGGGGCACAGUCUGCGAUGAUUCCUGGGAUAUGAGUGAGGCUCAGGUUGUUUGCAGCCAACUUGGAUGUGGCUAGGCCAUUUCAGCACCAGGAAAGGCCCACUAUGGCCAGGGCUCUGGAAAUAUUCUCCUGGAUGAUGUGCAGUGCAAUGGGAAUGAAUCCUCUUUGGAGCAGUGCUCUCAUAGAGGGUGGGGUACCCAUAAUUGUAAUCACCAGGAAGAUGCCAGUGUCAUCUGCUCAGGUAUUUUUGAAAUCUCACUGAGACUUGAGAACGGAAGCAAUAGAUGUGAAGGCCGUGUUGAAAUUUAUUACCAGGGACAGUGGGGAACAGUCUGUGAUGACUCGUGGGAUAUGAACAAUGCUCAGGUGGUGUGCAGGCAGCUUGGAUGUGGCCCGGCCAUUUCAGCCCCAGGAAGUGCCCACUAUGGUCAAGGCUCAGGAAAUAUUCUUCUGGAUUAUGUACAGUGCAAUGGGAAUGAAUCCUACCUGAUGCAGUGCUUUCACCUGGGACGAGGCACCCAUAACUGUUUCCACUGGGAAGAUGCCAGCGUCAUCUGUUCAGGUACUUUCUCUGUAUUCCCCAUACGACUGGUGAAUGGAAAGAGAAGCUGUGAGGGCCGAGUGGAAGUUUACUACAAUGGAACAUGGGGAACCGUUUGUGAUGAUCUCUGGGACAGAAAAAAUGCACAAGUCGUAUGCAGGCAGGUUGGGUGUGGCAACGUCAUGUCAGCACCUGGGAAAGCCCGUUUUGGUCCAGGCUCUGGAAAAAUUAUGUUGGAUAAUGUGCGUUGCACUGGAAGUGAAAGGCACCUCGGUCAAUGUAAACAUGCAGGAUGGCUGUCUCACAACUGUGAUCAUAGUGAAGAUGCCAGUGCCAUUUGUUCAGCCUCAGUGAAUGAUGCAACAAGACAACCAGAUCAUUUCACGUCCUUCACCUCCCCACAACAGGACAGUCAAACAAUCUCUACUUCGGAAUCACAAACCAUAGCUCGUGAAGGCACUGGAGGGUCCACAGAUUCUGUCUCUGUUUCCACUUCCACCACAGAGGAGAGUAAAGCAACCUCCACCCCAGAGCCCUUGACUACGGUACUGAAUGGUGCUACGGAGUCCACAGAUUCUUUUUCUGCUCCUACCUCCACCACAGAGGACAGUGAAACAAGCAAUACCCCAGACAUCUUGACCACAGAUUUGGCUGUAACAGAUACUGAAAACACAACUGCUGUACCCGCAGGCACUACAGAUUCUUCCUUGGCUCCCACCUCUACCACAGAUCAGAGUGAAGCAGUCUCCAGAGAAGAACCCCUAACUACAGCAGUGGAUGACCUUACACAUUCCACAAACUCCUCCUCUGCUCCCAGCUCCACCACCGAGGAGAGUGAAGCAACUGAAGAGCCUUGGAGUACAGCACUGGAUAGCACGAUUGAGUCCACAGAUGCCACAGAGGAAAGUGAAGCAACUCCUACUGAAGAACCCUGGUCUACAGCUUUUGAUGGCACUGAAGAACCCACAGAUUCAUUUUUUACUCCUGUCUCUGUUACAGAGGAGACUGAAGAAACCCCUGCUCCAGAACCCUCUCCUACAACUUUAGAUGUAACAGAAAUUGAAUACACAACUUCUGCACCAUCCGAUCCUACAGAUUCCUCCUCUGCUCCCAGCUCCACCAGAGAGGAGAGUGAAGAAACCACUGCAGAAUCCUCGAGUACAGCAGCGGAUGGCACUCCAGAGUCCACAGAUUCCUUCUCUUCUCCCACCACCAUCAUAGAGGACAAUGAAGCAAUCACUACUCCAGAAUCACUGACAACUGCUAUUGAUGGUGAGGGACUGAAAGUGUAA